GCAGCAGCGGGCGCGGUGGCGGAGGAGGCCGGAUCGCAGUCAGCGGCGGGGUCUGCAUCAGCCGCAGCAACAGCAGCAGCGGCAGCCGCCUUCGCGAGCUCCGCAUCCCGCCUCGGCAGCCGCGCUCCCUGCCGCCUAGCCGUGCGGGCGCGCCCUCCCGCCGCCGGUGCCACGGGCCUCGCUCAGCCUCGGCCCGCCGCAGCCCCCGCCGCAACGCCACCCGCAGCCCGCGCCGCAGCCGCCCCGGGCCGCGUCCCCGCGCCCACGCCCUGGAGCUGGGGAUGCUCCUGUCUAAGAUCAACUCGCUCGCCCACCUGCGCGCCGCGCCCUGCGGGGACCUGCACGCCACCAAGCUGGCGCCCGGCAAGGACAAGGAGCCCCUGGAGACGCAGUACCAGGUGGGCCCGCUGCUGGGCAGCGGCGGCUUCGGCUCAGUGUAUUCCGGCGUCCGCGUCGCCGACAACUUGCCGGUGGCCAUCAAGCACGUGGAGAAGGAUCGGAUUUCCGACUGGGGCGAGCUGCCCAAUGGCACCCGCGUGCCCAUGGAAGUGGUCCUGCUGAAGAAGGUGAGCUCGGGCUUCUCCGGCGUCAUCAGGCUCCUGGACUGGUUCGAGAGGCCCGACAGUUUCGUGCUGAUCCUGGAGAGGCCCGAGCCGGUGCAGGACCUCUUUGACUUCAUCACGGAGAGGGGCGCCCUGCAGGAGGAGCUGGCGCGCAGCUUCUUCGGGCAGGUGCUGGAGGCCGUGCGGCACUGCCACGACUGCGGGGUGCUGCACCGCGACAUCAAGGACGAGAACAUCCUCAUCGACCUUAGCCGCGGCGAGCUCAAGCUCAUCGACUUCGGUUCGGGUGCGCUGCUCAAGGACACCGUCUACACCGACUUCGACGGCACCCGGGUGUACAGCCCUCCCGAGUGGAUCCGCUACCAUCGCUACCACGGCAGGUCGGCGGCCGUGUGGUCCCUGGGGAUCCUGCUUUAUGACAUGGUGUGUGGUGAUAUCCCUUUCGAGCACGACGAGGAGAUCAUCCGAGGCCAAGUUUUCUUCCGCCAGCGGGUCUCCUCAGAGUGCCAGCACCUCAUCCGCUGGUGCCUGGCCCUGCGGCCGUCUGACCGGCCGUCCUUCGAGGAAAUCCAGAACCACCCGUGGAUGCAAGAUGCCCUCCUGCCCCAGGAGACAGCCGAGAUCCACCUGCACAGCCUGUCCCCGGGGACCAGCGAAUAGUGACUCCGGCCAGGCGCUCCCCCCCCCCUCGCCAGACCCGCUGGGUGGAAGCUCCGGCCUCCAGCUUCCCAUUCCCGGUGACACCUGGCUGCCCAGCCUGGCCCGCCCUGGCAGGACAGUGCUUGACACAGGAACAACUCAACUCAUUCCAGCCCCCGGGGCCCUGGGCCCCCUCCCGGGGGUGGGGGGUGGGGGCGGACGGGGACGGAGACAGAGACCACACGGGUGCCCAGUUCAGCCCCUGCGUGGCCGUGCGCUCCUCACUCACAGGCGCCUGGCCUCUCUCUGCUGGACCCUUGGGCAGUGGGGGCUGGGCCAGGGUAGGCCCAGUGUCAUUUGAAGUCCCUCCUCGACUCUUCUGAGUGCCUUCUGUGGGACUCCAGCUGUCCUGGGAGAAAUACUUGAACUUGCCUCUACCUGCUGCUUCCCGGGUUGGGUCCCCUGUUCCUGCCCCUCCUUAAUGCAAAAGGUGCCACAGGAGAGGCUUGGGGCCAACCACUGAGCCGUCCGCCCUCCUUUCUGCCUCCUUAGUAAAACUCCAGUGAACUGUCUUCCCCUUUGGUUUUUACUUAACCUGUUCCAAGCCAGGACCUCACACACCCACACACCCACACACAAUGCACGAACAAUGCAAACAGAAAAGCUGUAAAUGUGUGUAUAGUUGGCAUGGUAAUAUACAAAAGGAUUGUAGUUCUUUUUUUUUUUUAAUCUUUAAGUUAUUUUACCUGUUUUUUUUUUUCUUCCUGUUUUUGGAAAGAUCCGCAUUCUAACCUGGAGGUCAAUGUUAAGUAUUUAUUUAUUUAUUUAUUUGGUUCCCUUCCUGCUCUGCGCUUCCACAACUGCUGUCCUAGGUUUUUUGGGGGGGGGGGCUUGUGUUUUUUUUUUCCCACUCCUUUCCUCCUCUGACUUGGGGACCUUUUGGGGAGGACUGUGACGCUUGCUGUGUGUAGGGUGAUAGGCCCAGGCAGGACAGCCCGCAGCAGCUCCCUGGCUUCCAGGGUGUCGCUGACUUGUACAUAGCACGGAGGUGGGGACAGGGCUCUGGAUGGCAUGUGCCUUGCAGGUCCUCCCUGGGGCUGGGUUCGAGCAGCAUGUGGCCUGCUGGUUUUAUCUGAGUGAAUACUGUACAGGGGAAUAAAAGAGAUCUUAUUUUUUUUUUUAUACUUCGCGAUUUUGAAUAAAAACUUUUGUCUUAA